GGGGCUGGCACCGGAGGGGCGAACCCCGCAAAAGGCAGAGGGAGGCAGGGCGAGGCAGCCAUGGACCCCAAGGACCGCAAGAAGAUCCAGUUCUCGGUGCCCGCGCCCCCCAGCCAGCUUGACCCCCGCCAGGUGGAGAUGAUCCGACGCCGCAGACCCACCCCUGCCAUGCUGUUCCGGCUCUCAGAGCACUCCUCCCCAGAGGAGGAGGCAUCCCCGCACCAGAGAGCCUCUGGAGAGGGGCACCAUCUCAAGUCGAAGAGAGCCAGUCCUUGUGCCUAUACACCCCCCUCACUGAAAGCCGUGCAGCAGCGCAUUGCUGAGUCCCACCUGCAGACCAUUAGUAACUUGGCCUCAGAGGAGGAGGAUGAGCUGGGGGAGCUGCGGGAGCUGGGUUACCCAAGAGAGGAGGAUGAGGAAGAAGAAGAGGAUGAUGAAGAAGAGGAUGAAGAAGAAGACAGCCAGGCCGAAGUCCUGAAGAGCAUCAGGGGGUCUGGUGGGCAGAAGAUAACCUGUGGCCAGGGUCUGGAAGGGCCCUGGGAGCGUCCACCCCCUCUGGAUGAGCCCCAGAGAGAUGGGAGUUCUGAUCAAGUAGAAGAUACAAGAGCACUAAGUGAGCAUGGGGAGGAGCCUCAGCGCCCUGGUCCCCCUGAGCCUGGCACAUAAGCUUCCAGUCCUGCAUCUGCCAGGAGGGAAGUGAAGGCAUCACUAUUCCCCAGAAAUCUACUCUGUCCCCAUCUUGCUUUGUACCCUUCCCCAUAUCUGCUAGGGCUGCGGCUUCUGACUUCUAGAAGACUAAGGCUGGUCUGUGUGUGCUUGUUUGCCCAAAUUUGGCUGAUGCCCAGAGUUACCCAAUACAUAUCCCUGCCAGUCAUCCCUCCAUUCACCCAGUGAGAAGUGGGAUAUGAGAGAGUCCACAAUGGAAACACCAGGAAACCAGAAAUAAUCAUUCUAUUCCCCAGAUCCUCUCCCCUGGGCACCGGAGACCCACAGGGCAGGACCCUAAGAUCUGGGCAGAGGAGGUGCUGAGAACCUGCAGGUGUCUUUAGCUCUUCUUCAUCCCCUCCCCUAUGGGGACCUCAAGUUACCACUUCUCUCACUGGUCUCUAUAGGGUCCAGGACUCAGCCAUGUUUCUCCACAGUCUCAUCAUUUUGGACAUAUUCACAUAUCAUCCCUGCCCCUCCUGGGUGCCUGGAAGAUGGACUGGCAGCAGCUGCUUUGUUACGUUUUUUUUUGUUUGUGCUUUGAUGCCAGGAAUGCAGCCUAAUAUAUAUAGUAAAUAUCCUUACAGGGAGCACAUAGGAUGGGGAAGCCAGGUUCUCCUUGUUCUCCAGCUGCUCUGCCCCCUUCCCCCUUUUCCCUAACUCCAGACCUGAACCUCUCCU